AUGCUUCGAAUUCAGUUUCGCCCGGCAUUUCUAUACAAUGAACGCCAGCGUUCGGUAGAGGGAAUCAUCACCUCGUUCCGCCAAUUCUCCGUAACGCAGCAAGUAACGGACCAAUCGUCAGGUCCUCGUUAUUCGCCUGCAGCUACACCCCGCCCCGGCCCUCGCAGAAGGCCUAACAUUCCACCUGCGAAAACAGGCUUUCAGGAUGCCAGCGCAAGUCGACUUCAUCCUCGUUCACCACAUGUGAUUGAUGCAAGAGCGCUCGCCGCUUCCCAGACUGGUGACCAAGCAAACGUUCUUCGAGGACCUAGGCUCCAAUAUCCUCGAGGUGGAGUACAGGCGCGCGCUCGCAAAUUCAAGAAGUCGUCCCCCAAACCCCGUCGUCCUAAAGCACCCAGGAAUCAGUCGGGAGUGGGGAAAGGUGACGAUGUUCGGGAAGCAGAAAUUGAAGCUGUCUACCAAGAACUCACGGAAAAGUCGAGACCGGUACCCGUCCGAUACAUACCUCAAACGCAUGACUUCUCGACGAUGGAAGAAACAUGGCCUUCUUUACCAACCGGUGUCACCGCACACACCGCCGGAGUCUUAGAAAAACUAUCAUCAAUAAGCGGACGCUUCCCAAACGGAUAUAUUCCGCCACAUGAACUGGGCAAGCGACUUUAUCAGGGACAAAGCGUUCGGUUUUUCAGCGAAGAGGAGAAGGCCCAGGCUAUGGAAGAAGCCAAAAAGCUGGCACAACAACGUGCAGACAAACUUUCACAACGAAAGGGCGAUCUUGUGGAGCCCGAGGAAAUCAAGUUCGAACCAAUGGAUGCUAAGGGCCAGAAGGUUUUGGUGCAGAGUCUCGUUCAGGGAAUAUAUCCCAAGCCGGAGACUCAGCAGGCUGAUAAACCUGCUGUUCUUGGGGGCGUCAUUGCUAAUCUCAGGAAUAACGAAACAUACCGGACCGCCGGCAAGAGCACACAAUUCCUCACCAAAGUCGAGUCGCUUCUUGCCUCGAGUCGCCCUGCCAAGCGUGCAUAA